GACGCGUUCGAUUUCCUCUUCCUUUUCGCAAAGAAACGGCUGGUCCCUCUCUCCUUGCGUAUUUAACGAUUUAGCUUUCACCGCAAUGGACACCAAUGACGCACCAAUCUUUUCUGCCGUUUCCAAUUUCACCCAUCAUCUCUACCUUAUAGUACGAUGCAUUGGCUUUGCCUCGAAAGCCGCAAUUCAAAUCACCCCACAAGGCAUACGCUUCUCUGCCGAAGAUGGGAGGGUCAUGCAAGGUCUCGCGUUUCUGGAUAAAACGCUGUUCGCCAAUUAUGUUUUUAAUCCUGUACCUAGCGACAAUGGUGUGGCUACCGAUACAGACCUUGUCGAGGAGGAAUUAGAUACUGCAGCAUAUCCACGAUUUCUAAUUUCGCUUACUGCUCUAAUUGAGACUCUUCAGAUCUUCGGGUUGAGCGAUGCUCCUCAUCACUCUAACCCGAUAUCAAACCCGAUAACUGGCCCAGCAUCUAACGCUUUCUCCGCACCGGCUUUGCUUCUCAACCGUACCUGCACCAUAAGCUACCUGAGACCUGGAUCUCCAUUGUGCAUUACCCUUAGCGAAGCUGGCGUUACUACGACAUGUGAAUUGACAACUUACGAGCCUGAUAAUCCGGAAUUUGAGUCUUCAGAAGAUGUUGAUAUUCCCCUUCAACGAGAUGCCAUCCUGUUCAAGAUUAUCAUGCGCUCUCUUUGGUUGCACAAUGCUAUUAUGGAACUAGAUUCUACCAACCCGUCCGUCUUGACGAUAACCGCUUCUCCGAAGAAGGCCCCCUAUUUUGCACUUUCUGCCUCUGGUGGCCCAUUCGGCGAAUCAACUGUUGAAUUCUCAAUUGACAAAGAAUCGGAUGCUCUCGCUGAUCCCUCAUACAAGUCCCUGAAUGAUAAUGGAAGUUCCAGGCAGCCAAAACGAGGCAAGCUGGCUCCUUCGGUAGCAGAGACAUUUCUAGUUCAUCCGCCUUCGUCAAGAGCCAGGGUGCGUCAGAGCUACCGGUUUGCGCUUGUCCGAAAAGCACUGCGUGCUAUGGCCGCAGCGAGCAAAGUUAGUAUUCGUGGGGAUAGUCAAGGUGUGUUGAGUAUUCAGUUUAUGAUUGAACUUGGAGAAGUGGUCUCGGAGCCCGAUGGGUCAACCAAGACACAGCAGGUACCAGGUACUCUCGACAAUGUCAGCUUCGUGGAUUUUAGGUUUGUUCCAUUGGUUGAUGAUGAAGCGAACGAUGGUGAAGGAGGCGAAUUAGGAGAAUAAAGUCACGGAGGCUUUUAUUUUGGCACAUCUAGCAAAUGUAUGGCCCACCUGCUGCAUUAAUACAUGUGUAUAUUUUAUCCUUGUACGGAGUAGAGUUCGUGUAUUCCAUUAACUAUAUGACUGGCUAUCAAUCUUCAACCACUCUAUGUCUGGGCUCUAGAAAACAUGUUAUCAUGACUUAACUACUCAAAUCAUCAACUUAACUUUGAGGCAUUUUGGAUUUUAGCAAUAUAAAAAUUUGUCAUCAUGAACAACUAA